AUGGGGGUCCCGCUGGUGUCCUGGGGACGCACCGGCCACCCGUCACCACCGACCAGCGCCCGAACCAAACAGUCACCAGCGCCGACGACGGCGGCGGCGCUAUCAUUAGGCACGCGUGGCGGUACGCCGCAGGCAUCGCCGACGGAUGGUGGCGGUGGUGACCGCCGGCGGCCGCCCGGCGGGGUCCGGCGCGGUGCCCCGCGGUGCCGCCAGCUGCUGCUGCUGCCGCUGAUUAUGCUCCUAAUUGCCGUUAUUGACCACGGCGAAGCCGGUACCUGUUGGUUGCGGCGCAACGGACCUUCCGGCAAGUGCAGUCAGCUGUUCGCCCGGAAUGUGACGCGCGAAAGCUGCUGCGGCGGCGGCGGUGGGAAAGGAUUCAGCGAAAAGGACAUUUCGGACGUGGCACUGUUCUUCAUCAACGCGUUCAACGACGGCAUGGCGUGCGCUUCGUGUUUAGGUGAGUUCACUCCGGAUACGUGCGAGCGGUCAAAGUGCGGUGUGGACAAGCGGUGCGUGAUGCGCCACAAUCGUCCCAAGUGCAUCUGUGCACCGGCGUGCACCAAGCAGCUGCACAAGGGCCCGAAGCGCAAGGGCCGUGUGCAGUCGGUGGCGCCCACCGCAGCACCGACCCCCACGGAGGGUGACGAGGAGCAGCAGCACCACCCGCUGCUACCCGGGUCAGCGCAUCAUCAUCACCCCCACCAACAGCAUCACCAGCAGAACAUCAAGGUGAUCAAUCUGAGCGAGAGCCAACGCAAUCGGCGCCAAUAUUUUGCCGACGACGGUGGCCGGCGGCGGGCCCCGUUCGCGGUCAGUGCCCGGCAGCUCCGCUUCACCGACACCCGGCCCCGCCACCCGGCAGCCCCGGUCGGGAAGGGGGUGGUGAAGAAGAAGAAGAAGAAGUCUAGUGACCUAAGUGAUCACCCGAGCCAAAGAGGAACUGGAAGCGCGGGCCCGAAGCAUAAUUUAUUGGAAUCUGUGACAUUAGCGAGUAGCAGUAGUAGCAGUGUCGGUGGCGGUGCAUCCGUUGGUCAGCCGGCGCCGGCGCCGAACUGCACUUCCGUGACACCGGGAGGGGUUGCUGCAGGCUGCAGUGCGGUGCCACCCACCACCACCCACUGGUCCGACGGCGACCGGGUGGUGCUUCUGCAGCCCUCCGAACCCACCAAACGGGGCCACGCUUCCACCACGCCACGGCGGCACCGCAAGAAGGCGUUGCAAGCGGUUCCGGCCGUCGCCGGAAAUCAGACAGCAACCGUCGCCCCGCCGGUUGCGCCCUCCCACCGACCAGCGCCGACACCGUUCGUGGCGUUCGGCAAACCGAAACUGUUGCGCCCACCGAAGGACCCGAAACCCGCAGCGCCAGGCGGCAAGCGGAACGACACCGCCAUGGCACGAGUGGCGCGCCGGGAGCCCCAAUAUCUGGAUGAUCUGUUCGUCGUCGACAGUCACGUACGGCGUCGGGAUCCCUGGCUGCCGCCCGUGGACGACUACUGGGGGAACGAAAUUACGCACCACACCGGCUUCUACAACCCGGUCUGCGGCAGCGACGGAAAAACGUACAAGACGGAGUGUCAGCUGAAGAAGCGGGCCUGCCGCCAGGAGCUGACGUCGCUGAUGGUUGCCUACAAAGGACACUGUCAAACAUCCUGUAAGUUUGUCAACUGCCCGGACGACAAGCGGUGCGUCGAGGACCAGAACGCGGCCCCACACUGUGUGUCCUGCGGUACGGUGGCCGAGUGUCGGGCGGCGGACCGAUCGCCGAAGGCGACGGUCUGCGGCACGGACGGGCUCACCUACCCGAAUGUCUGCGAGCUGAAGCGCCAGGCGUGUCUCAUUGGCCGUGCCAUUCCUGUCGCAUACCGAGGGCGCUGCAACGAGGCCGCCACUUGCGAUACGAUCAAGUGCAAGGAUCGGCAGCACUGUCUAACGGACCUCAAAACGCAUAAGCCGCGCUGCGUCAGUUGCAGCUACAAGUGUCCCCGGAUGAAACGCCAGCAGCAGCCAUCGAACGUGAAGCUGUGCGGGACCAACAACCGAACAUAUCACUCUCGGUGCCACAUGCUGAAGGACUCCUGUAACACCGGUUUCUACAUUGACGUACAGUACAGUGGCACGUGCGCUUUCGGAAGGUAAAACACUGAACACCGCGAUCAGCAUUUUGUCGGAUCAUUCGAGGAGAGCCAGCAACUGGGAGCGAACCAGCACGAUCCUGGCGGCAUGGCGGCACACCCGAACUGAGCUACUUCAGCCACGCAGAGGCCAUUCUCGUCGCCCGUUUGCCCGCGGACACUAGCGACUAGACCAACAUGAAACAUAACCGACCCUUGGUAGCAAGAUAGCGUUGUGUAGAUAAUAUUCAUAUCCCCGUUCAAGCCACUCAAUAUUUCAAUGUAAAUUCGAACACACACACACACACACACAGCAAUGUACCACACUCAAACACAAACAUAAUGACGCACACAACGUUAGCCGCUCGUUAUUAUUUAUGGAUCUUUUCGCUGUAAGUUAUUUAUUGCAAUCACAAUCGUAGAUGUUAAUGGAAACGACAGAAUUCGAGCCUCGAGUACGAGUUCGAGUCCGUGUACAUAAAAAUAAUGACCAUCCAUUCGAAGCCACUACACAAAAACCCAGAAGAACAUUAGGCUCUCGCUCCUAGUAAACUCUUUGUUUUUUUUAAAUUAUUAAUCUACAACCUUUAGCACUAUUUAUUGACCGAUAACGCCCCUCGGAGAGCCAGCAGCGGGCGUGUUAAUGGUUCACGAUAGGAAGGUGUAAACAAAGCAAAAGCAAAGAAAAUUCACACGUAACAAAGAUAAAUUUACGACACAAAACAUUAUUCUGUCGAUUGUCGAUAAGAUUUCAUUGGAAUCGAAACCAAAAACAAACUGCUGAGGAAGAAAACAAAAAGAAAGGGAAACUCAUGUACUUUAACUACCGAAUAAAGCAAGAAACUUCGGAGCCAAAAACCAAGAAAACAAAAAUAUAAAAAGAACUCUAAAGUACAUACAGUGGGAGCGUAUAAGUAUCGUAUUGAUUGAUGAUCCAUGAAGUAUUCGUUGUACUGUAUUUUAUCACCUUUGGCGGUGACAGGUUUGCGAUGCUAAGCUGCUACAAUUCUGUGUGUACUCGCUGGUGCAUUCUGGCGAGUUUGGUGAAACCUGAAUGCCUCUAUCAGCCGCGGGCUAGAGGCUAGAAAAUUUAGCAUAAUUUCCUCACCCGACAAAACACGGCAAUAUAAAAAUUGCCCCGCGAUCACACUUGUUCGACACAGGUAGCGUGGAGGAUAAGCGGUUUUAAACAAAGAAUUUUAAUCAACUUCAAGCUGUUUAGAACAAUUCAACUAUCCAAUGUGCGUUACCGAGUUGACGAAUCGGGAAGAGAAAACGAAAACUAAAAGAAAAGUAUCAGAAAAGUGUUUACUCAAAACUGUCCACUAAUAGCGAUUAGUGUGGAUAUGACUUCUAGGAAGCAGCAAACUGUAUUAACCUUUGACUGAUUUUAAACAAACAAAUAACAAAGAAUACAAAACGCAUGCAAAUAGAGAAAACAAUUAAAUAUAAAAUAGAAACGCAGAAACAAAAAAAAACAAAUUAUGCUGUAGACGUAGCUCUUCUAAAAAUACCGGAAAUUAUGGUAACACUUCGUUAAAGUCACUUCAAUCACAAUGGCGAAAGCGAAAAGCAGAGACUGUAAGCGAAUGAAGCAACUGACGCAGUAAGCAUGCAAAAUAGAUAGAUAGAGAAAGAGAAACAGAGGAGCACGAGAAAGAAAAAGCGGGACAGAGCGACAGAGAAGAGUCAAUAGAGCGACGUCAACCUUGUUGGUAUUAGAAAAUUAUUGCAUUAAAUUAUAUCUAGAAUAUGCGAAACAAAAAAGUCUGCAAAUUUGGUUUAGUCAGUUUUUGGGGAAUUGGUCAGGAGCCUCCGGAUUACCAAAAUCAAAGUCAAAGCCGUAGCUAUACCCGUUUCACCGUAGAACGUUUGCCCGGACGGGCCCACACCCCCGAUUUUGUGGAACUCUCUCUAUAGUUCUGAUUAAGGAGCAAACUUAGUAACGAAUAGCAAAUGUAGAAGUUCGUAUGUCAAUUUUCAACCCCCCUUUUCGAUCUACGCAGAAAAUAAAUCAAAACAGUUGAAACAAAACAAUCGCACACAAAACACAGAAACGGUGAAACAAGUAUUCUCUCGACAAACAAGCUGAGCCCACGAAGUAUCGAGCAAAGAACCAAGUGGCCAAAUGUGGGUGGGUACAUACACGGUACAGCAGCUACACAAACACACACAGACCCACACACACACCUGCAGA